UGAAAUAAGAAUAAUCAUCGUCCUGUAACAAGUCGAGAAAACCUGUUAUUACGACAAUCUUGUGCAAAGCUGUGAAAGAGUCCAAGGCAAGUUUUUCACUCACAAUGCAAAGCUGUGGAAGAGUCCAAGGCAAGUUACAUACACAAUGUCAUCCUCUUCAACUUGCCCGAGAAAUGCCCUUUUCAUCCCCUAGGAAAAACAAGAACAUGACAGAAAACCCCACAAUUAAAUAGAUCCGAAGCAUUGAUUGGGUCAAUGUAGAGUGAUGGGGCCAUGAGGAAAGAGAUGAGGGCAUCCAUGCAUAUGGGUAUCACUGCCAUCAUCAUGUGAGGAUUCCCUCAAAGCCAGAUGCCGCCCGCCCCCCUACACACCACCUCAAAAGGCCCCCCUACUCCUCUUCUUUCUUCUCUGGAUAGAACAGUCUUUCUAGUUUUCAGAGCUUUCAGAGUUCAAAUCCUGGAGAUUUUUUUUCUGGCUGAAGUUUGGCACUGAAAAAAAUCUCAAACAAGUCUCCCUUAAUUGGGUAAAAGAGGGCUCUGAAUGAUGGAACUGGUGGUCUGCUGGUUGGUGUUUAGGAUGAGAGCUCUGUGGAGCACCAGUUUUUUCCGUCACAAAAUGUUUUUAUAAUAGUUCUUCACCUUGUUAUCUUUGCUGGUGUUGGGUUUGGGCAAAAUUUAUGUUACUGUGUGAAAUAGUAUUUGGGUAAGGAGAUGAUCAUGUCUGGGGGGAGAAUGUAUGGUGGAUCCAAUGUGAUUGUCAUGGGGAAUGACCAGAGGAUCCCUUGCUCUUCGGAUGCUUUGGAAGCUCUGCUUGCUUCUCCUGUUUUCAAUGAGGCCAUAUCUAUGGUUUUAUGGUCUUUCUGAAGAUGAGUGGUUCAAGGUCUGUGGCUAAUUUGGGUGAAGUCAUAGGUAAUGUGUCAAAGAGGCCAUUUUACACUACCCUGGAGCAAGAGGAAACUGGAGAUGAGGAGUUAGAGGAUUGCUUCCAUCCACCAGAAAAGAAGAGAAGGUUGACUGCUGAGCAAGUUCAGUUUCUGGAACGAAGCUUUGAGGUUGAAAACAAAUUGGAACCUGAGCGCAAGAUACAGCUAGCCAGGGAUUUGGGUCUGCAGCCUAGGCAGGUUGCAGUUUGGUUUCAAAAUCGCCGGGCAAGGUGGAAAACGAAACAGUUGGAAAGGGAUUAUGAUAUUCUUAAGUCACACUAUGAAACUCUGAGAGUGGAUUAUGAUAACCUUCUCAAAGAAAAAGAGAAGUUAAGAGCUGAGGUUAUUUUGUUGACUGACAAGAUGCAUUCUAAAGACCAAGACUUGAAAAUUCAGACAAAGGAUUUGGAAUCUGCCGAGAAGAAAGGCUCUUCUCAACUUGCCUUCCAUUCUGAAUUUUUUGAGAAAUCUGAGAUAGGUGCUUCUGUUAAGGAUCCCACUCCUGUUUGCAAACACGAAGAUAUUUUGAGCUCUGGGACAGAUAGCAGUGGGGUCCUAGAUGAAGACAGUCCUCAGCACAUUGAUUGUGGGCAUUCUUCCUUUGAAGACCAUGUGAAUUCUUCCCAUAUUUUUGAAGCAGAUCAAUCAGACCUCUCACCGGCAGAGGAAGACGAUGAUGAUGAAGGUGUGAGUAAGAAACUGCUUCCUCAGACAUUUCAUCUCCCCAAAGCAGGAGGAAACCUAUACUCAGAUGCAUCAGCAGUUUCCUGCAAUGAUAUGUUUCCAAGUGAAUUUCAAGUGAACAUUCCCUUGUGGGAGUGGGCUUAAUUGCUUUAAUGUUUAUGCUCAUUUUGUGUGAUCUCCAGUAUUCAGAAUAAGAGAAAAAUGAUGUAAAACCACUCUUGAACAAUAUAGGAGAUUGGUCUAUGCAAGGUUUAGUACACCUUGCAGUUGUAAGUUACUAGAAGAUUUUGUCAUUUUAAAGAGUGGCCUCAAAACUUUCUAUGCAACAUAAUGUAUAGCUAUUCGUGUUGGUUUUCAAAUGUCGUCUAUCCUUAAAGCAAGAGCAUUUAAAACCUCACAAAGUAAGAGGAGUAUGAGUGAAUGCAAUCCUGUUUUGUCUGUUAA